AUGGAUUAUAUUUAUGAGAUGGAUUUAGGACUAGGGUACCAGAAAGUUCAGUUUAUGUAUUGUAUUGUGUGUAUGCUGGCUCAGAAGGGUGAUAGUGGUGUUGAUUGGUUUAUCACGGGCUUUACGUCAGUUACGUGCUUUGUCGUUGGCGGUUACUCUGAGACCAAAUUUUUGUGCAAAAUUAAAUUUUUUAAAAGUGCAAGACUUAUGACGCAUGACUACCAUACACGGGAAGCAAAUAGUCACGGCUAUGUAGUUAGUUUUGAUCCUGCCGUUGGUCGUAACCUUGAUUCUCAAGUUGUCAUUUCCGAUGGCAAGGGGACUAUAACCAAGAGUAAUGUUGAUAUAGAGAUUGUGGGCAUGUUUACUGUCGCAGGACAAGCACUGAAAUUUCUCUCACUCUCUUACAGAUUUGAUAUUGGGUAUGAAUCAGCAUUGCAGUUUAUAUAUAUGAUUGUAUUUGUGCCAGUUAAAGAAUGCGACUAUGGUGACGGCAGGCUGAAAAUAUCGCAAACAAAUAGUCUAUGGUGGCAUGUGGUGUUAACGGAGAUGUCGGAUGAAUUAUAUUAUAGAAGGCUACCACAGGAACAUACCCUCUGGGCUAAAUUAAUUCAGAAUGAUGCUAAAGGAGACAUAAUGGGUGUAUUAUGGAAGUGUAGAUUGCUUGAUUUGCAACCUGAUGGCGAUAUUAUGAGCUAUCCACUAUGGUUUAUGGGGUAUAAACCACUGACUAGCAAUAUCCAGUUAGAGUUUUCUGAAAGACUGAUGGAAACUCAAGUCUUACUCAACCUAGUUCAGAUUCUAGACGUGCUGUCUCGGUUCGAGUUCUUGAGGUGGAAAUUCAAAUUGAUUCCAACUGGGUGGUGGAGUGUGAGAAAUGUUAGCUGGACUGAUAUGAUUUUUGUCUCUGUGGUGUCCUUUGACAAAAAACGGACUUCUAAGAGCAUUCUGUUCUGCAAACCUGACGUCCAUAAUCAAAUUACAGCACGCCUCAUGAGAUUUCUCGGUUGGUACUUGGCUGCUGCAGGUAGACUUUUCUGUAUGGUUAAGCAUACGAGCUGGAUAUCUCUAUACACCUUAUUACACUGUGGCUGGUAUUCUUGUGGCGAUCAACAGAUAAGUCUAUACAUAUGCAAUUCCACUCGCUACCUUCUUUGUUACAAUUUUAUGAGUGGACUGUCUUAUCUAAUGGGGAAAGGGCAUAUCUGUCUCGUUGGUGCACUUGUUUGGAUAGUAGGAAUCCAUGUCAGACUCGCUGAUGGGGUGAUAAGCACUGUACAGGUCAAGGGAGGAGUACGACGUGGGAAGUAUUUGGAGAAUUAUAUUUUUACUUUAGCUGGCAAGGGAGCAGCACUUCUUAUUCAAGACUUUACACAAGAGUUAUCAGUUACCAAGGGUGUCUCACUUGUUCCAUCACAUCGGUUUUGGCUCUUGUAUAUGGUUUCACAACUAAAAGGAGAUAGUGGACAAUACAACAGUGGCUUCAAGUCUUCACAGCUGCACCGCCAGGCUCUAAAACAAUUUUGCGUAACCGGAGUUACCGACUCGCCACUCAUCCUUGAGGACAAGGAUGUUUCGAAGGAGAAGGGAAUGUCAUGUACCCACUAUAUGGAGACGGUGCCCCUUAUCGUAUAUGUAUGUGUCUUUAGUAAUAUUGGUAUUUAGUAGUUAGAGAGUGCUAGUUAGUAGUAAGUUGUAGUGGGCGGUUGAGAUAUAACCACCUGGAAGAUUAUGGUCGUUAGAUAUUAGAG